AUGUCACUCAAACGAAAGGCAGGCUCCAAUCUGACCGCCAAUUCGUCUCAGAAAAAGCCAAAGAAUGAUUUCUUCACCCCAAAGUCUUCGACCGCUGUAGGCUCUUCCAGCACGCCGCAAUUCGCAUUCGAUCGUAGAGAGGCGGGGACUGUCCGGCUCUCGACUUGGAAUGUCAACGGUAUCAAGUCUGUCAACGGGAAGACACUCAGAAAAUAUUUGGAGGCUGAAGAUCCAGACAUCCUUCUUACAGAAACCAAAGUUGCCCAGGGUAAAGCGGAUAUCAUGUCUUUGAAAACGCGCUUCAAGCAGUGCGUAUCAAGUAUUGGCUCAUGGUGGUUGACUAUAGCUGGGACAGCAGUGCUGUCGAAACAUAAGCCUUUCAAUGUCGUAGUAGGUCUGCCUACAUGGCCAGAUUCUAUUGAAGAUACGCAGGGGCGCUAUGUUCAAAUGGAGUUCGAAAACCUGUACCUUGUUGGUACUUAUGUCCCAAACUCUGGAGAGAAUUUCAAAUCGAUAGAUAUCAAGCAAAAGUGGAACGCCGCGUUUUCCGAGCACCUUCAUGGCUUGAAUGCCAUCAAACCCGUCAUUUGGGCGGGGGAUUUCAACUGUAUACCGACAAAGAAAGACUUGGACAACAAGGCACAAGCCUUCUGGGACAAGAUGAGCGGAUUGUCAGCAACCGAACGCAGAGAAUUUGAAGGCAUUAUCAAUCCCGGCGAGCAGGAUUCGAAACGAGGAAAAUUCGUCGACAUAUGGAGACAUCUGCACCCAGAUGCUGAAGAAUUCACGUGCGUCAGGCGUCUAUGCCAGACUGUUACAAAAUUCGGUGCUUGGAGACUCGACUCGUUCAUCCUCUCGGAGCGCAUUCUGGGUAAUGCCAAAAAGUGUGAAAUCCGCCAUGAGCUGAAGGACUUGAAGUUAUCAGAUCACUGGCCUGUGACGCUCGACAUAUUAGGCCUCUUUUGA